CUCUUCCUUUUUCGUAUGUCUAAGCUGAAGGGCGUCCUUUAUCCUCUGGCGACGUUAUCUCUUCCGCCCCAAAACUCCAGCUCCCGGCAAGCAUUUCGCCCGCGGGGCUUCCCGAUUGGUCAGACGGGCGGGUGGGCGCGGCUAAAGGGCGAGUGCCAGCCAAUCGGCGUGUCCCGGCGUGCCUUGCCAGGGAGCGCUCGGAGGCGAAGACGUGUCCGGUCCCGGAGGCGGAGAGGCGAAGGCGAGGGAAGCGGAGCGAUGGCGGCGGCGGCGGGGGGGACCCAGGGCGAGGCCGACGAGCUCUUCGACGUGAGGAACAACUUCUACAUCGGCGCUUCGCAGGCGGCUAUUAACGAAGCGCAGCGAGUCAAGCCCUCCAGUCCUGACAAAGAGCUUGAAAGGGAUAUCUUCCUGUAUCGUGCCUACAUUGCCCAGCGAAAAUAUGGCGUGGUGCUGGAUGAAAUCAAGCCCAGCUCACCUCCAGAACUUCAAGCUGUGAGGAUGUUUGCAGAAUACCUUUCCAAUGAGAGCCAAAGAGAUGCGAUUGUGGCUGAAUUGGACAAGAAGAUGGCUAAGAGUGUUGAUGUCACUCAUACCACUUUCCUUCUUAUGGCGGCAUCGGUCUACUUCCACGACCAGAACCUGGAUGCAGCAUUGCGGACCUUGCACCAGGGGGACAGCUUAGAGGGCACGGCAAUGACUAUUCAGAUCCUUCUGAAACUGGAUCGCCUGGAUCUGGCCCGGAAGGAGCUGAAGAAGAUGCAGGAGCAAGACGAAGAUGCGACUCUGACCCAGCUGGCGACGGCUUGGGUGAAUCUUGCCAUGGGUGGCGAGAAGUUGCAGGACGCCUAUUACAUCUUCCAGGAGAUGUCUGAGAAGUGGUCCCCCACCCUCUUACUCCUCAACAGCCAGGCCGCUUGCUACAUGGGCCAGGGCAAGUGGGAUGAUGCUGAGGGGGUGCUCCAGGAGGCUCUGGACAAGGACAGCAGCCAUCCUGAAACCUUGAUCAACUUUGUCGUCCUUUCGCAGCACUUGGGGAAGCCUCCAGAGGUCACCAACCGUUACCUGUCACAGCUGAAGGAUGCCCAUCGACACCACCCCUUUAUCAAGGAACAUCAGACCAAGGAGAAUGACUUUGACCGCCUGGCUUUGCAGUAUGCGCCCAGCGCCUAGACUGGCUGGCUGCAAGGAAGGCUGCGUCUUGCAGAGCAGGAUUCUGUGUGCCGGGAUCAUCGCUUCUCCUGUACAGGUGAAACCUGAAACCGGUGCUCCCCACACGGGUCUGCCAUGGGACAGCAUCAAAACCCCAAAACGUUUUUUUGCCCUCUGCUAUGCAGAAAAGAGACUUGUGCAGACUGUAGUUCGAAACAUUCCCAAUAAAACCUCUGCUAGAUUUAA